UCUCUCUUCUCUCUCUCUCUCUCACUUACUUAGCAUAGCAAAGAGGAGCCAACAUGACAAGCACUCCACUCUCUUUGCUUUUCAUGCUCUUCUCCCUUCUCACUCCAACCCUCAUUUCCUCUUCACAUGUUCUAAACCCUGAAUCUGUCGUACAAGAGGUAAACAGGAAAAUAAAUGGGUCCAUAAGUAGGUCUAGGAGGAAGUUGGGGUACCUAUCGUGUGGGAGUGGCAACCCCAUUGAUGAUUGUUGGAGGUGUGACCCUAACUGGGAGAAAAACAGGCAAAGGCUAGCAGACUGUGCAAUCGGGUUCGGCAAGAACGCCGUGGGAGGGCGCGACGGGAAGAUUUACGUGGUGGACGACGACGGCGACGACGACGCGGUGAACCCUAAGCCGGGGACACUGCGGCAUGCGGUGAUCCAAGACGAGCCACUGUGGAUCAUCUUCGCGAGAGACAUGGUGAUCAAGCUGAAGGAGGAGCUGAUCAUGAACUCCUUCAAGACCAUCGAUGGCAGAGGGUCUAGCGUCCACAUUGCGGGUGGUCCAUGCAUCACCAUACAGUUCGUGACCAACGUCAUCAUUCAUGGCAUUCACAUACACGAUUGCAAGCAGGGCGGGAACGCUAUGGUGCGGGACUCCCCACGCCACUACGGCUGGAGAACCGUCUCGGACGGUGAUGGGGUGUCCAUCUUUGGAGGGAGUCACAUUUGGGUCGACCAUUGCUCCUUGUCCAACUGCAACGACGGCUUGAUCGAUGCCAUCCAUGGCUCCACUGCCAUCACCAUCUCCAAUAAUUAUAUGACGCAUCAUGAUAAGGUCAUGUUGUUGGGUCACAGUGACUCUUACACCCAAGACAAGAACAUGCAAGUCACUAUUGCUUUCAACCACUUUGGUGAAGGCCUUGUUCAAAGGAUGCCGAGGUGUAGGCAUGGGUAUUUCCAUGUGGUGAACAAUGAUUAUACUCACUGGGAAAUGUAUGCCAUUGGGGGAAGUGCUAAUCCAACCAUCAACUGCCAAGGCAACAGAUUUGUUGCACCCGAUGACAGAUUCAGCAAAGAGGUGACAAAACGUGAGGAUGCACCAGAGAGUGAAUGGCAGGGUUGGAAUUGGAGGUCAGAAGGGGAUUUGUUGGUAAACGGUGCGUUUUUUACUCCAUCGGGUGCUGGAGCCUCUUCUAGCUAUUCAAGGGCUUCUAGCUUAAGUGCAAGACCAUCUUCACUUGUUGGUUCUAUAACAACAGCUGCUGGUGCACUCACAUGUAAGAAAGGUUCUCCUUGCUGACAUAAUCAAGCAACUUCUGGUUAAUUCAUCCAUUCAUUCCGAAAAGGAAAUUAACCAAAAAAUAUAUAUACAUAGCUUCCAAAAGAAAAGGGAGGGAAAAAACAAAAAAGAGAAAGAAAAGGCCUAUUGGUCGAUCUCUAGAUUUGUAUUUACUUUUCCUUGGAUUUCCAUAUAUCUCCACUCUUUUUCCCCUUUUCUGCUGCUUGUCUUUUCUUUUUUUCAGUUUUGAGUUGCUCAUGAUUACAACCUCCACCUGUUACUCUUAGAACCAAGUCACUCCACGUUCUAAGAGAAAAAACAAGUGCAGAAGAGUUGAUAUUACUAUUAUAUUACAAUACAAAGUUUCUAGCUACUAUACAUAUGUUAUUAAAUUCUCCUUUCUA